AUGGCUUCAUCGGGAGAGCAUUUGUUGGUUGCCGCGAUUGACUUCGGGACGACCUACUCGGGGUACGCAUUCUCCUUUCUCCAUGACUAUAAACGUGACCCACUGAAGGUUUCUGCCAACAACUGGACAGCGGGGUCAGGGGGUCUGAUUUCAUUGAAAACGCCCACAUGUGUUCUCUUUAAAACAAACGGAGAGUUCCACUCUUUUGGAUUUGAGGCUGAGGACAAGUACUCUGAUCUGGCCUUAGAUGGAGAACAAGAUGGAUGGCGUUACUUCCGACGAUUUAAAAUGAAACUUUAUGAAAACAAGUGCUUAAACCGUUCGUUUCGCCUAGAAGAUGAUCAAGGUCGGACCAUGCAGGCAAUCAAGGUGUUUACAGCAGCCAUCAAAUAUCUCAAGAAUCAUCUGCUGACGUCAUGCAAAAAUCAAAUGACAAACAUAGUAACGUCGGACAUCCGCUGGGUACUCACUGUUCCAGCAAUCUGGUCUGACGCAUCAAAACAGUUUAUGCGAGAGGCUGCUGAGGCUGCCGGUAUUAAAGGGGAUCACCUGAUGAUAGCUCUAGAACCAGAAGCUGCAUCUCUUUACUGCAAGUACCUCCCUUUAGAACGGAAAGAUGAGGGCGGUAUGAAGGCCUUUACUUCCGGGUCAAAGUACGUGGUGCUGGACGCUGGAGGAGGGACGAUAGACAUAACAGUACACGAGGUUCAGCGAGAUGGCUCACUGAAGGAAAUCCACAAGGCCAAUGGCGGGGACUGGGGAGGUACAAAGGUGGAUCACGCAUUCCAGCUUCUAUUGUCAGGAAUUAUUGGUAACGGCGCUUUUCACCGCUUCAUGGAAAAGAACAAGGCAGACAUGGUCAAAUUUUUCCGUGAUUUUGAAGUGAAAAAGCGCACCAUCAAACCAAAUGCUCCCCCUGACGAAAAAACUACCUUUACAGUUCCAACCACGAUGAUUGACGCUUGUAAAGAUGAAAAUCAUGUAGGUAUUGACGAGAUUGUGGAUUCGAAACAACAUUUCAAGGGAAAUUUGUUUGUUAUUGGCGAUAAGCUAAGAGUAAGCAGCGAUAGAGCAAAGGGACUGUUCAAAGACCCGGCAAGGCAUAUCGUGGACCAUUUAAAGAAACUUUUGAGAGAGCCUUCUGCUAGGGGGGUGCAGAGCAUACUGAUGGUUGGAGGAUUUUCGGAGUCCCUCGUACUUCAGGAUGAAAUCAAAAGAAACUUUUCAGACCUCCGAUUGAUUGUGCCACAAGAUGCAGGACUGGCAGUUCUGAAAGGGGCAGUUAUUUUUGGGCAUGAACCGCGAGCUAUCAAAUCGAGAGUUUGUAAGUACACAUAUGGUGUGGACAUGUCUGUGGAUUUUAAACAGGAGGUGCACGAUAUUUCCAAACGUUAUGUUUUAUCAGAUGGCAGGGAGCAAUGUAGGGACGUAUUUGACAUACAUGUAAGGGUCGGAGAUUCUGUUGAUAUCGGUCAACCCCAAGUUGUACAAUCGUACACACCCCUGGAACCCGAUCAAACUUCAAUUUUAUUCAAGGUGUACGUUUCUACAGAGAAGAAACCUAUGUACGUGACAGAUCCCGGAUGUACCAGGAUAGGACAAUUGGAAAUCGCUAUGCCCGACACUUCUAAAGGACUUGACAGAUCUGUCACGGUACAGAUGACCUUUAGUAAUACAGAGCUACAGGUAGAAGCCAUCAACAAAAAUACUGGGGAGAUGGUAACCGCAGGGUUCGACUUUCUGUAGUGACUGUACUGGAAGUUAUGUUCGGUAUUAGAACGAAGCAUCAAUGCAUUAUUAAUGACUGAAAUUAGAUCGCGCUAAGUGAAUAAAAGUGCAGAGUAUCUGUAGUGUUACCUGAAAAUCAUCGUCGGUUCAUCGUGAUCCUAACGCUAGAAUUCCCGAAGAAAUAUUUAUGGGAAACGACAAAAAGUGUAUCAAUUGUCGCACCAGAAGAUGUCUUUAAACUAAUGAACCAAUAACCUUCCAUUUGCGAUGUA